CUCCCCUCCAUCGCUAAUGUAUACGGCGAAACCGGAGCUAUUAACUUUCGCUUCGUCGCAACACAUACAAUCUCUUAGAAUCAAUUCCUCUCCCUUGUUCUCUCUCUAAACUAGACCGUCGAUUUUGAAAACCGCAUAGACAAUACCCCAAACACCAGUUCCUUUACAUCCGAGGCAUCGAGAGCCAUCAUGAUAUCGACCCCGCCACCCCGCUCCUUGCGCGACAAGUGUCUCGAGCUCCAGCAAAAGGUCGAAGCGUUUAUUGCUGAGGAGGCUGAUACACAGACAUUGCGCGAUGUACAAGAUCAGGUCCGCAAGUCGAUAGAGGUCGUGGAUGAGGCGUUGGAGAAAUAUCGACCGGAACAAAUAUCGUUAUCAUAUAAUGGCGGAAAGGACUGCCUCGUCCUGUUAAUCCUCCUCCUCGCUCGCAUGGGCCGACAUUACUAUUCCACAUCCGACACGACCAACGGCACUUCUGAACUUACACCUCCCGAAAAGCUACAAUGCGUAUACAUCGUCGCCGCGCAUCCCUUUCCCGAAGUUGACACGUUCGUCGAGACAUCCAGCGAAGAAUACGGCCUCGAAGUUGCGCGCUACGUGUUACCGAUGAAGAAGGGGCUAGAGAUAUACCUUGAGGAACGACCGAGUAUCAAGGCUGUGUUUGUGGGAACGAGAAGAACGGACCCUCAUGGUGAGAACUUGACGUUCUUUGAUCCGACGGACGCUGGCUGGCCGUCGUUUAUGAGAAUACAUCCUGUUAUUGACUGGCAUUACGUCCAAAUCUGGGCUUUUAUUCGACACCUCAGCAUUGAGUACUGUCCUCUAUACGACCAAGGCUACACGAGUCUAGGCGGUAUAAAGGACACACAUCCGAACCCCCAUCUGAAGAAGCAGGGUCAAAAUGGAGAGGGUUUCCGGCCGGCGUAUGAACUAACUCAAGAUGAUGAGGAGCGACUGGGUCGUGAUUCAUGAGGUGACUGUAUUUGUAAGGCAUGUUGAUGUUGCAUAGGAAGGCAUUUUAUAGAGCAUAGACUCGUGGCGUUUGGGUAAAUCAUCUCACCAUCUCAUCGCAUCUAUCUAUUGCAUUGCUUCUGUGCCUGUCAAUCAUGCGCUUGCUAGACCUCGUCGACGGGGACCUGGUCUACAUACUCUUCCAGCCUCUUAUAGGUCUCCCUCCUUAUCUUUGCUGCUUCAGCUACAUGUCCCUCUUUUCGCAAAAAGGCUUCUAGCUGCCACAUAUCAUGUAUAACCUGCGGCGAGGUACUCGAGUAGCCAAACUCUCGCAAAGCGAUCUUGUUUCGCAUUCUGUCCGCCACAUCGACAUCCAACCCGAGUUCCCUAUCAACGUCCAUAAGUACCUUCAUCAAAUAGGCCAUAACCCUUGCUUGGAAUCGCGUGUGGGACUGUGGCAUCUUAUCGCUUGACUGUUCGUCAAUCUCGCCAAGAACACGACUCUUCAGUAAGCCCAAGCGCACAAGACUUGCCAUGUUUGACUCUCCAAAGGUCAUUGUGCAGCGAUGCUGUAUUGCUGAGAUGCAAAGCGCUUUUGUAAUCUCGUAGUCUUUCGGCGGUGCUGUUUCCUCCGUCGUGCUAGGAUCGGCGAAUAGAAUAGCUUGUUGAAAAUAAGAGUCCUCGUGCGGAAUCUUGCUCUUCACGGCUGAGAACCACUUAUCAAGACCGUCCAGUUGAUCCUCGCCAAGUUUAAUACAAGAAGAUUCCCAGACUAGGCGAUAGUAUACCACCAACAGCCUUGAGUCGUAGUUCCUACAUAUGAUAUCUGCAUUCAAACCCCAAGCCUGCUCAAGAAGUCGCAUUUUCUCAAGUGUAGCAUGCUUCUCCCAAUGAUACACCGCUUUCUGCAAACUUUUCAACAUCUUGAUAACGGGAUGUUUCAUCUCAUUGAUAUUACUCGCUAGUUCGACUAACUGCGCUAGGAGCAUACCAAGAAGCUGUGUCUGACCAAGACGGACCAUGUGAUACAUGAUUUCCAAGACAUUCCAGAUGAACAAAGGCGCUUCAGCGUGCAGCAUAUUUUCGAUAUCUAGAAAGGCUUUGCGGGUUAAACGCCCUGCUAAAAUGCCUUUGCCGCGUUGUAUGAGCUCAACGAUGAUCCGAAAGGCGAAACUUAAUCCUUCUGGGUCGUAGCGGUUGAUUUUACCAGCCGGUUGCGAAGGAUGAGUAUCUUGUAGGUGUAAUCCCUUGGUACGGAGAGAUUCAUAGAAUGAAGUGCUCCA